AUGUUCGACAAAUUAACGUUGUUCUUAACGCUCGCCUGCUUCUUGUCGACCGUCCUUGCGACGCCUGUCCCACAAGCCACUACCUCCAGCAACAAUCUCCAACCAUUCACGGGCAACUUGGGAGGAUCGGCCCCACCUACCGUCGUCCGAGCCGACGACGGAUAUACGGUCCAAGGUCAAGGAACUUUCACCGACCUUGCGUUGGCUCUGGCUGCCUCGUGCGAUGCCUUGAAGGCACAGUGCACGGCCGCCGCUAACUCGGCCACUGGGCCCGCCUCGGGUCUGACACUGGCGCAGUGCGACCAGCAGGACACUCAGUGCCGUGCUGCGAUCGCUGGAGUCACCGACCCAGCAGCGAAGACCGGCAGGAAAAUCCGUCGUGCGGAUAACGUCCAGCCAUUCACUGGCACAUUUGGUGGACAACCUCCCGUCGUUACCGCCUCAGGCCAGAAAUUCCAAGUCGCAGGCGGCGAGUCCUUUGCCGACCUCACCUCAGCACUCGCCGCUUCGUGCAACAUCCAGAAACAGAAUUGCUUGAACGCAAAGGUCCCAGCCGCCCAGUGCAACCAACAGGCUAACGAAUGCCUCGCUGCGGCUGCUUCUGCUGCGUCCAAGCGUCCGCGUUCUGAAGAAGUCCUAGAGGCACGACAGGUCCCGCCUCCUCCACCUCCAGUUACCCUGCCCCCUCCCCUGGCCCCUCGUCCGCGAUCUGAGGCUUUGGGAGCGCGUCAGGUACCACCACCACCACCUCCUGCUAUUCCACCCCCACCGGCUCCUCGUCCACGCUCAGAGGAGGGCUUAGAGAGCCGACAGGUACCGCCACCCCCGCCACCCGCCAUCCCGCCUCCGGCCCCUCGUCCGCGUUCAGAAGAUGCAUUGGAAGCACGUCAAGUACCACCGCCUCCGGCCCCAGCUUUCCCUCCUCCGCCUGCUCCUCGUCCGCGUGACGCAUUAGAGAGUCGGCAGGUACCACCCCUGCCGCCCGCUAACCCUCCUCCACCGGCUCCUCGUCCACGUUCGGAGGAAGCUUUAGAAGCGCGUCAAGUCCCGCCUCCCUCUCAGAGGGCCCCUCCUCCGCCUGCUCCUCGGCCUCGGUCAGAGGUGUUGGAAGCACGUCAGGUACCGCCGCCCCCUCCUCAGAUCCCACCUCCUCCCCCUGCCCGCGCUCCGAAUAGCCCGCGACACGCCGAAAUUUUCCAGAAGCGUCAAGUGAAGCCUGCUCCGCGCCCGGUCCUCGAUACUCCUCCCCCUUCUCCUCCUCGGGCGUAA